UCGAGUCCCAGAAUGAGCCACCACCGAGCGGGCUUAUCUAGGUAACGGUACAGUUCGGGUUUUGCUUCCAUCGUGGUCGCACGCGCUAUCGUCGUACGUGUCCUUCAGCGUUCGAAUGUGUGUAAUUAUGUAUACUACCAUUUUCACUACCCUUGAUUUGGGUUGAAAACAGGAUCUGAAAUGGAAGAAAAUGUGCAUGCGAAGCAUGCGAGUGUGCUGGGAAACUAAAUAAAAUCAGUGAAAAUGACAUUCAUGGAAAACUUUUUUGUUAAAAAAAUACGGAUCUUCGCGAGAAAAAAAAUCAACCAGUAGUGAAAUUGGCAUCGUGAGUAUUGCGAUAGGAAAGAAGGAAAUCGCAAUCGUAUUUAUAGAAAAUUGAAUAGUAGCGUAUUGGUUUUACAGGAAAGGAAGAACUGUGUUUCGAAAGUUGAUUAUUCUUCACUGCAAAAUGGAUGGUUGAGUAGAUAACGAGUGGAAAAAUAGAUCUUGACCGAUUGAAAGACGAACGUGAAGUGAAUAAGAAUCGUGAAUUUGAUCAGUCGGUAGCCGAGUCGAGAGAAUGAGAGAUGCUAAUAAAACUUGCAGAACAAUGCACUCUGCCAUCAUUAUUGCAUUUCCCAGGAUGUCGCUAAUCGUUAGGAAAUAUGAUGCGGAGUUAGUUUUAUAAUUGAAGCGAAGUUUAUAUUAGCAAGUUUUUCAGGCAGACUUCUGGCAACUUCUCAAAGACGCUAAAACAGUAGUGCAGUGAUAAUAGGUUAGAAGAAGUAAAAUAUUUCAUAAUCUCGUCAGUCAGUCAGUCAGGAGGAAAAAAAAAUCGCAUGUGUGCAUUGUCUUCACAUUCUGGCAGCAGUUUAACUAGUCGAAGAUGUGAAGAUAACGAAGAAGCAUUAGCCUAACGGUGUUACUUUAUUUAUAAUCUAGUUGCGAAUACUUAGCAGUAAAUGAAAGGCGAGAUGGGCAGCAUACAGUUUUAAAAAUAAUCCGACGAAGCCAAGAAAAAGCAAUCAAGCAACAGAGAGCAAAAUUCUGCGCUCGGAAAAACGCCAGCCGCGGGUUCGUACUGUGCAGGAAAACGAGCAGUGUGAGUGAAAAAGUCCCGCAUCAGGUCCCACAGUGAGUGAAAAAUUAGAGAAUACAAAUUAUAAUAGUGACAACAAUCGGGUGAUUAAGACGGCAACUCGUUUGCUAAAUUUGUGAGUUCACGACCCAAGCAUGAAAUUCCUGUCCGGUUAAUCGUCGCCGUUGUUGAGUUUUUUUCUGUUCUGUUUUUGCUCUGGAACAAGGCGUGAAAAUCACACUCACCGUUACGUAAUGCGUGUGUACGAGAGACACCAGGAAGAUUCGAAAACCUUGAAACGGCAUUCCGCGACUCGCGUAGUUGACUACGUGUUGACCAAUCAGGGAAUCGUCCAGAAUGCCCAGUAUUUUCAUUGAUUAUACCUUCUGAGCCAAAGGUUCAACCCAUUCCCCCCAUUCUCUGCGGGGUUUCAUCGCAUCAGCAGCAGCAGUAGCAGAAAGAAAAACAACUUUGCGAAAAAUUUUCUCUUUGUCAAAAGAAGACAACGUGCUUGUGCAUGUGUGGGUGAAACGUGAUUGUUUUCGUUCGUAAUUCUGUUCCACAGAGCAUUUCCUUAAGUAUCCCGUAUUUCCUAGCGAUCAAUGUGUGCUUCUUGUUCGUGCAAAUAGAGACUCAUCGGUGCAAGCUGGCUGCUCUAGCUGAUUACCUUGGAGGUACGAAAUGAUUUCCAUACUGACUCAGUUCUCGCACAUUUUCACGGCAAAUAAACAGGCGGUAAUGCGUAGUACAGUCUCGCUUCAGUACGGAUGAGGAAGACGGAAUUAUGUUGAUAGUGUGUUUCGGCGAGACGAAUCUAGCCAAGAUAUUUUCCUUUCAUUAACCAAUAAGAAAAAUACUACUAGCAAAAGCAAGCAAAAGAAAAGCAAGAAAAGCAAAAGCUCGCAGAACAUGAGUACAGGUCCCGCACAAGUCGCUGUCGUUUUACCAAAUAACAACAAUAGCAACAGCAACAGCGUUGUCAUCGGCACACCACCACCCGCCUCCUCCAUCAGCACCAUCACCAUAGCACCAUCAUCAUCCGCUGCCAAUUCCGCAUCCGGUCAGGCUUGUUCUUCACUGCCGUCGUUACCAACACAGCCGGCGGCAUCGUCGUCGUCGUCGUCGUCGUCUCCGUCUUCAUCGACGUCGUUGUCGUCGUCAUCAUCAUCACCAUCAUCAUCAUCGCCGUCGGUGCCGGCAUCGGUGUCAAUCUCAACUAACAACAGCAGUAACAGUAACUGUAGCAAUAGCGUAACAACCGUUGCAACGGUCGGGAUGACGACGAUGCCGGCAACGGUGAUGGCCAAUUCAGUGUUGCAAGUGUCACCCGCAGCAGCAGCAGCAGUCACUGUCGCUAGUACAAAUGCCGUCACAACACCGCUGCAGAAGGAGCUUUCCACGGAUUGCACGGCGGCGGGGGAUUCGAUGAAUCGACCGAAUAGUCUGGGUGGCCGCCAACGGACUCUUGGUGGCAAAGGCAAGCAUUUAACCCGAAGUCACGCCAUGCGUGAGUCAACAUCCCCUCCCCGGACACCCACACCGCGAUCUCCGUCGGAUCAUCACAGCAGCAGCAAUAGCUCGCCAAUACAGCAGAAUACUCUGUCCAUUAGUGCAACAUGUGAACAGCAGUCUAACAAUAGCAAUUCGCAUUCACCGGUAUCAGAAUCUCGACUAUUCAAUAAUAAUAAUAAUAACAAUAACAACAACAACAACAACAACAACAAUGAGUACAGCAACAAACAAGGAGGUAAAAACUCGCCCAACAUAAUUGUUUAUGGUGGCGACGAGAGAGGAGGCAAGAGCCAGCUAGACCUGGAUUUUCCCAAGUUGACACCUCCGAAGUCAUCGUUCUCUCCCAAUAAUAACUGUGGUACAAAAAACAGCAACGGUAGACUUAACAAUAAUGGUUCCGUCAGAAGUGAUCAGGAAAAAAGCGAUCACCAUCACGGCAGCAAGGGAGGCAGAAACGGUGAACACGCCAACAGUCAUGAAUUGAAGGACUCGAAAUCGACCGAACAAAUGCUGGACUGCGGGGAUCAGUCCGGUUUGGCCCUUUCGGUCUCUGGAGCAUCAGUCACCACCAUCAGCCAGUCGUCAUCGUCGCCAGUAUCAUCUAAUAAUAACUAUUGUGAUAACGAAAGUCGUAGUCUACGUGAGGUUAAUUUUAGUGCUAAUAAUAAUGAUUCUAACAAUCAGCUGAACAUACAGUUUUCACAUGAAGAAAAUCGAUAUAUACAAUGUGAAAGUCCUACUGAUAGCCUUAUAAGAAAUAAUAGUAGCUCUAAUAGUAAUCUAACAAGUAGUGCUCAUAGCAACAAAAAACAUCGUGCUGGGGGUGGUGCGGCAGGAGCAGUUGCCAACGUUGGUGUAUCCGGCGGAGGCGGAAUAGGAGGUGGUGGAGGAGGAGGAGGAGGAGGGAACGCAACGGGUAGAGGAAACAAACCUCGGCUCAAACAUAUGAGUGGCGGGUCUUCAUCUAGCGCCGAUGGCGGUUCCAUCGGUGGUGGAGGCGGAGGGGGAAAUAGUACGUCGACCGGGUUUCUCUCGCGUGACAAUUCCUGUGAACAGUUCACCGACCAGAGUGGCGUCAAUCUGAUUCAGUUCUUCAAGGAGACACUGAAUAAAAAUUUUAAAGAUCGCAACAUGUUAAUGAAAAUCGAAAAGGAAUUGCUUGCCCUGGCAAUGGAUCGUAGCCGUAGUCAGAUCAAGUUUCCACCGAUGUCUUCCUACAAUCGAAUGCUGAUACACCGAGUGGCCGCGUACUUCGGUAUGGAGCAUAACGUGGAUGCCACUCAGCAGAGCGUGAUCGCGGAAGUGACACCGGCUACCCGAAUACCGGAGAUUCGAUUCAAGACGCUUAUCAAUGAAAGCUUCUCCGAUGAACCGCGGAAGUCAAUCCUGAAGCGGGAUACGCACAGUUUCGACGAGUACCGGUACGGCAUGUUGCACUGUCCCGACCGAGGCGUGCUGGAUCGAAAAGCCAAAAGUUUCGAAGAACGCGAGGAGGAGUACGACAAAGUCAAACGGAGGAUAUUCAAACAUCGCGAGGAUGGCGGAUCGGAAGAACAGUGGCAAUGGCUCUCAGCGGAAAACGCAGAUGUAAUAAAUGGCCGACCAAAACUGCAGAACAAUCGUUUACUAAAAGUGCAAUCAGUGUCAAUCGACAGCCGGUCAGACGAACGACCAUGCGUAUCAAAAUCGCACAGCUUCGGAGGCUACGGAGGUUCUACCCAAAACGCACCGCUACUACGAGGAGACUCGAUAACGUCCACCAAGAGCGCUGGAGCACGAUUAUUCUCGAAGCAAGACUCGAACGCUAGUACAAACACACCGUGGCGAUUGUCACCGUCUAGUAGUGGCUACAAAACACAAUCGAUCCGGUCAGACUCGGUGACACCUUCGCCGACAGGAUAUGGCAGCGGCGAUCAUACUCCCGAACCAUGCGUACAGUCACCGUCAUCAACGUGUGGAGUUGUCUGGGCCGUCACUGAUAUGGCUAGUGUUCCCAAAGGAAGUGUUCUGAUCGAUCCUCAGACUCUACAACCGAUUGUAAAUCAGGAUGGAACGAUUUAUCAUUUCGAUCCAUCCAAUUUACCGGCUACGGCUAAUUUGCCCGGAUCGGCGACAAGAGUGCACAAGAAAAAGUUUGAGAAGCAGAAAUCAUUCAAUAAUCGAAACAAUGGCAUUAACAUGAGUAGUUCUUUUGAAAGCUCGAUCGAUCUUUCUCUGGGUAAAAGUGACUGCGGUCAGCAAACAAAUACCACGACCACUAUCGCGGAAGAAGUCGGCAAUGAGCUCAACUACGAUACAACCAGUACUGUUAAAAUAUGCACAAAGGAUAAUCAGGAUAAUGACGUCGAAAACUCUAGUCUCUGCGAAGAAAUUUCGCAAACAGCAAACGAACUCAGCACACUUAAGCUUCAAAAGCACCAAGCAACAAGUCCUAUGCUAAAGGCUAGCGAAUUGCAGCCAUUAGAACUGAAUGAAAUCCAACUCAACACAAACCUUGAUGAACAAGGUGCACUAGAAGAUAGAGCUACACCUGUUAUGAUGGACUCCGAAACGGGAGGACCACUUAUAGCAACAUUGAGUGGCGACGGUGACAGCAUCAAACCCAAUCUGCAACAUGAAUCUCUCCAUCAACAAGGCUUGAUGGACGAUGGAAACGAUGCCAGUAGUGAUAAUUCUCAAGAUACUGACAAAAAAGACGAUUCCAGUAAAAUAAACGUGGUACAAACAGUUCCUCUGGUUAACUACUCUAAUUCGGCAACACCCAACAGCGGCUACACGGUAAGCUACGACAAUGGCAGCGGUACUCCCGGUGCUGGGACAACCAUGUUUACCUCUGGCACCCCGGGAAUGUCAACCACAUAUCAGACUGCGCCUGAUGGGACAAUUUACGCUGUACCUUCUCCUCUCGUGUAUACAUAUCCUUCGGCAAUGGACCCGGAGAUGACCGGAUAUUUUGUUCCUGUGUAUGACCAGCAGCGUGAUCCGAAUCUUUGCGCCGCGACUGGUGCAUCGAUGUACCCGGCAACUGCUGGUACAGCUUCUUCAGUAUUACCCAUAGCGUACACACCAACGGCGGCCUACGGUGGUGCUCCCAUCUAUCAAAAUCAUACAGCCGUGAUGUAUUCGUCGGAGCAGUUUUCCACUGCGACGCCGGCAACAGCGGCUGCUGCUGCAGCAGCCGCAGCUGGUGCCGGUCAUCUACCGCAGUAUCCGAUCGGAUACCCCAUCGGCAUUGGCUAUCCAUUCAACGGUGCCGCUUAUCAGAACUACUGGAAUCAGCCAAUAACCUACUACGUUCCUCAGACACCGGUGCAUUCGACCGGCAGUACACCACUCAUAAUGCCACCACCGGUGUCGCAAACUCCUACAAACAGUGGCAUGAUGGGUGCCGCUCCAGCUUCGAUUCCUUGCAACACGGGAAAGCGUAACAUCACUCCGCCCGGUCACAGCGGUUCACAGUCACAAAAUCAAAAUCAGAGCGCCUCGGUGACACCGGUUCCUAUAUCUCCAUUCGCGACCAAUAUUCCAAUGCCCUUGCCGGACCCGUCCAGUGGUCCGAUGUAUGCUAUUCCUCAACCGAUUUACUCCAACAUGCUUCCAUUUGCUAGUCCUAUGACACAUCAUCCUCAUCAUCCUGCCGCCGCCGGAGGAGCGGUUGUGAAUUCGGUACUUCCCACUGCCACAGCAGCUACCAGCACUGGUUACCAUCAUCAUUCGCAGUCCAACAAUCCCGAUUCACUGUCGUCAAGCAAUGGUUCAUCUAACAACAUCUAUUCGAACGCAGGGCAAAACAAUAAUCCGGCAACACCCCAGUCAACUCCCAGUACGCCAUUGUCAUUGCCUCUGUCCUUGCCGCCGCAUGCAAAGAAUCCUCCUCUUUUUGCGACUCCUCCUAUCCUUCCCAAUGGUUACACUCCUCAAAUGAGCAUUUCUGGUGCUGGUGGUGGUAGUGCUGGACAUUAUCACUACAAUGUUACCGGUGGAAGUGGCCAUAGUUACGAAGAGCGCAAGGGCAGUGGCGGGUCAGGUGGUGGUUAUCAAGGAAAACGAUCGAAUCAAAACGGUGGAAGCUACUUCAGUUACAACAACAAUAAUAACAGCCGGCAGAUGACACCCAACAGUGGCGGUGGUUACCAAAGCAAUGGCUGCCCACAGAACCAGAACAACUCCGCUAGCAACGGUCCUAAGAAUUCGAGCUACGCCAAUAAUAACAAUACAGGGAACAAUCAGAAUUCUAACAAUAACGGAAAUGGCCCUCUGAUGCUCGGACAGCCACCCAAGGGUCCAUCCCGAUCAGAAGGCCAGGGAGGUGUGACCAAGCCACCACUGAUACCAACAUUACCAAAUAGUAACAAUAAUACUAGCAGUAAUAUCAACCCUAGCGAUAAGACACGCAUCAACCGUUCAUCCAAACCACCAAAUCUAGACUUAAAAAGAAACUUCAACAAUUUUAACGUAAACAGUAGAAACACACCGAGCACAAACUCAACGGAAAGUAACAAUUCACCAAACAGUAUUACAUCUUCGUCAAUACAUGAGCAUCACCAGCCGCAUCAAGUGCACCAUCACCCACAGUCGCACCAUCAGAGUGCUCACGGGGGCGGUUCUAGUCAACCCCAUCAUUCUUACUAUCCGCCCCAGCAUCAGCAGCCACAGCCGCACUACUACAGCCAGAGGGGCGGAAGUGUUGGCAGCAACAACGGUGGUUCUAACGGAUCCGGAAGCGCCGGCGGUGGAAAUCACGCACAUCAGACUGCCAAUGCAGCAGCUGCAGCUACGGCUGCCGCUGCUGCUGCUGCCGCGGCCCAUACGGUACCGUCGAGUGCCAUUCAGUCGGCUGCGGCCGUUGCCGCUGCCGCGUGUGCAGCGGCAAUCGAACCCUACCAUUCACAGCUGAUCCCGUUGAAUGCUGCUGGGAUGUCGUACGUCAAAAUUGGACAGACGUACUUCACGCAUCCUUCCUUGGCACUACCGCCAAGUCGCCGGUCACCUCCGAAUGAUAUUCGUCCAAUUGCAGGUGUUUAUCCAGCCAUGAAUAUGGUGAUGCCAGCAUCACGACAGUUCACGCCACGACCUCAGCAUAGCGGCAGCUUUCACAAGGGCAGCAAGGCGCCCAGAUAAACGCUUCCCAGUCGAUGGCGGUAAUCAUAGAAAGUAGCAAACAAAACACAAAAAUAUUGUAAAAUGCCCAUAACCCGCAGCUAGGAUGAUGCAAGAACUAAACGCACUAUUUGAAAAAACGCUAAUCGGUAAGUGAUUAGAUCACACCCACACACACACACACACCACACACCAGCAUUGGUGGAGGAAGCUUUGAAUAUCGGAGCUUUAAAUAAGACAAGACGAACGGAAGGUGAAACUAGUUUCCCUUUCUCGGAGUAGAUCGUUUUAAAACUAAGACACUUUUAAACGUGAUAAACCGAGCAAAAUCGUGCAACCGUGUGAACAUCAGCAGUAACUGAACGGUUGGGCUGGAUCGUACUUCCAACGGUAGGUAAUACUUGUUGUGUUACUAAAGGUUGGACAUGGUACAGCGGAAAAGAACAACUUCAACAACAACAAAACGAUCACCCGUGAAAAUGCCAUUUAUUUUACUAUCAAAUAAAAUUAUUAUUAUAUAUUGAAAUAAUUAUUAUUACAUUAAUAACAGUAAAGCAAAAUUAGAGUACGAUAACAGUUGAUAACUGAUAUAACAAAACAAAAAAAAACAAAGUGUAUAAGUGAAAAGGGUAAAAUGCUCUACCAGUGAUUCAAUCAACGCUAUGCGAAUUAUUUAUAAAAUAAUUUCAAACGCCGGAUAGUGGUACGUUUAGGAGAUCCUGAAGCAGUGAUCAACAAACAAAAAUAAAGAAAAAAACAAAGAUCUAAGAAACCAUAAGUCAGAAUAAUGGAAUAGUUUAGAACGGACGUUAGAAGGUUGAAGACGGUUGUUGGUAGGUAGAUAAGAAGGCUGAGAGGAAUACGAAACUGCCGCCCACUAUACUUUGUUCAAAACAGAGCCGGAGUCAGAAGAUCAGCGGACAGCAAACUAUUUCAAAGCCAGGCGCAACAAACACACAGACACACAUCCUAGUUUAUCUACUAUUUACGAAAAUAGUUUGGGGUGAGCACAAAAAAAACAAAUGCCAUAGCUCGUAACCAUACAUAAAGAACUCUUAUAUCAUGAACGUGAUUAUUAUUAGUAGAGGAAAAGUCCCGAUCAAGCCGUUUACAAAUUUAUAUAAAAUUUAUUUAUAUAACAAUGCAAGCAAGGCAACCAUUAAUAAAAAAAAUAGUAGGGAACAUAACCAUUAUUUAUUCGUAAUACAAAUGAACUAUGCAACAUUGCAAACUAAACGACAAACAUUAUACUAAGAACAAGAAAGCUAAAUAAAACUGUUAAACGACGUGUAUCGAUAUUUUCAAGAAUUUAAAUGAAACAAAAUACCAGAAUCUCUUCCUUUUUAUCGGUGAUAUUAAAAAAAAACAAAAGCAACCAAAGCAAGAGAGGCUAACAAAAUACUAAAAAAAACAACUAGUCAACAUCGCGCAUUUAGCUAACGAGUGGCAAGCCAGAAGUAGCUGCAAUCCGCCGUACACAGAUAUCAAAGUUCGUUUAUCUAAAUAAUGGCAGUAGAAAAAAAAACUAUUAACAUUCACUCUAUCAUUCAAUAG